GUUUCCGAACUGUGAGCAUCGACGUAAAAUGAGUGUUUCUUGGGGGUACUACCAUAUCGUGUGUAUGACCUGUCUUCUUGCUUUCUCGUUUUUCCAUUUAGCUCCAGUUUGCUGUGCCAGGUACUCUGUGCUUGCGUUAUUUCCUGGUUUCCUGCUGAUGUUGCUCUGCUACAACCCGAUUUCUAUCUUACUUGCAGCACUUUAUACGGAUCCUUAAUUUCAAACAACUGUACGCAACUUGAUGGAUGAGUUUGUUCGGGACCCGUGUCCUUUCCGGAUUGUGAGCGAUUGUGGGGCUGCUUUCGCUAUGGGGAGCAUCGGAGGCGGUCUCAUUCAUAUGUACAAAGGGUAUCGAAAUUCGCCCUCCGGUUAUAUGCGAAAAGUCGCGAGUGCCCUAUCCAACUGUCGCCAGCGUGCUCCUCUUCUGGGCGGCGCCUUCGCUAUCUGGGGCGGCACGUUCACCGCUGUCGAUUGUACCUUGGUGUUCGCUCGACAAAAGGAAGAUCCGUGGAAUUCCAUUACGAGUGGGGCAAUCACGGGUGCCGUUUUGGCUGUCCGGCAUGGUCCUGCUGCGAUGGUCGGUCAAGCAGUUGUUGGUGGCGUUAUCCUGGCAAUUAUCGAAGGUCUUGGGAUCAUGAUGAACCGUUUCGCACCCAUGUUAAUGCAGCCUCCUCCUGAAACUUCAUCGGAUUCUGGAAGCGCAUCUGGGCCUGGAGAAUCUGGUUCCGGUGGAUUCGGGAUAUUCAACAUGUUUGCUUCUGGUUCUGGCUCUCACUCAAGUUCUACCGCUUCGACUGGUCCCGGUGGGACUGUGGACCCUUCCUCCACCUCGAAAGGCGGCUUUGUGUUCCAGUAGUGUUUAAAUAGGAUGAUUAAGUUCCCAUUGCCUUUUUGCCACUUUUCCCUUUGCCUUCUUUUGUAAAUAUUCCGUUUUGCGAUUAUGAAAACAACUUCAUCUUUCGGAUAGCGGAAUAGACCGAUAUUUAGUUGACUACAUUCACUCUAUGUUUACUCACGUUUUCAUUGACUCCUUCCGCUUAAUCCUUGAGACCCCUUCGGGUUGUUGUGAACGCGGUGAUGACCACUGACUAUAACUUGUUUGCGAAUUGCAUACGUCUCCAGGCAUGUUCCUUCUCUUCUGUGCGCUUUCGAUUUGCUCUGCCAUUGAAUGGUCGAAUAGCUUCAUUUGUGAACAUAGAAAGAUGUAACAUGUGAUGUAACUAUGUUCUCUAUGUAUUACCUUUGACAACCAUCCACGUGCGAAUUGGAUUGUCGGAAGUCUGGUUCAAAUAGACUACCAUAUCCAUUUUGCGAUGUUCCACUUCGCUGUGCAUUAUCGUCUUCGAUGUUGCAACAAAAGCCUCGGAUAUAAUUUUUCCCACAUCGA